UUGCAGAACAGCACGCUAACAUUGUCAUGCCAGCAAUGAUGCCUGAUGUGCAUUCGUCAUCCUGCUUGCUGUUGACCUUGGCCUUUGUCGUUCUAACAUGCUCUCAAGAACAAUCCCCAGCACCUGCCGGAAUCCGCCUUUCAGUGCCAGAAAGCGAGUUUAACCGCUUCAUGAAAGGCGGCUCACUGGCGUUAAAAAUAGGUCGAUGUUCGUUGGAAAUAUCCCAACUUAGUGUUUGCAGGAAUCUCACAGAAUUGAAUGUUGUUGUGCAAAACAAGAUCGCAUCUUCACACCUGAAACAGAGCUACAGUAAGUUUGGAGAGAAUGUCACGAUAGACGCCACGUUCCUGAGCAUGAAUAUGAGCAAAGGAGCAUUCCACACUCUUCACAAGGUAUUUGUCACCUAA